AUGGAUGUGUACGUUACCUUAAGGUUUCACCAUGGUGGAAAACUACAACAAAAACCUCGUAUUAAGUAUGAAGGAGGUAUUGUCACUGAUUGUUUUGAUGUAGAUGUUGAUAAAUUGUCCUACUUUGAAUUUGUUGAUAUAGUUAAAGAAAUUGGCUAUAACUGUUCUGCUUGUGUUGUUUAUAUUAAACCACCUAAAUGUCGACGUGUUGUUGAAGUUAAAAGUGAUAGGGAUAUUAUGGGUAUUAAGGCAUUCAAAGUUGGAGCUAGAAGAUGUAUAGGAUUUGAUGGUUGCUUCUUGAAAGGUGUUUCUAGAGGUCAAUUACUUGUGGUUGUUUGUAAGGAUGGGAACAACCAAAUGCUACCACUAGCAUGGGCAGUUGUUGAGGUUGAAAACACAUUCACUUGGAAAUGGUUUAUCAAGCUUGUAAGACAUGAUCUUGAGCUAGGAGAUGGAACAGAAUUGACAACCAUUACUGAUAUGCAGAAGGGUCUUGACAAAGCUAUUCAAGAUCUUCUGCCAAAUGCAGAACAAAGAAUGUGUGCAAGACAUGUUCUAGCCAACUGGUCUAAGAAUUGGAAAGGCAUUGAAAGAAGAAAUUGUUUUUGGAGAUGUGCCAAAUCUACAUAUGAACAAGAAUUGAAAAGAAAUUUGGAUCAUAUGGAGAAGUUAGGCACUGGAAUAUGUGAUGACUUAUUGUGGUACAAUAUAGAGAGGUGGUCUAAAUUAUACUUUAAGUUUUUCAGUUGUUGUGAUAGUGUUGACAACAACAUGGCUGAAAGCUUUAAUUCAUGGAUUUUGGGGCCAAGACACAAAACUAUCAUCACAAUGCUUGAAGAAAUAAGGAUCAAAGUGAUGAGAAGAAUAGGACAAUUGAGGGAGUUCUGUGAUACUUGGAUAACAAACAUAUCUCCAAUGCCCCUAAAAGUAUUGACAGAGAACACAACAAAGUCAAUGAAGUGUAACCUUGAAUGGAAUGGUGAAUAUGGUUUUGAGGUUAAAGACAGCUGGGAUAACACAUUUGUUGUGAAUCUAGGCAAUCAAACAUGUACUUGUAGAUCUUGGAUGCUAAGAGGUAUACCUUGUUGUCAUGUUAUAGCUGCACUUCAUUUUAGAAAAUUGGAGCCCAUUAACUAUGUUGCACAUUGGUAUAGCAAGGAGACUUAUCUCAAGGUCUAUAGUCACUACAUUCAACCAGUUACUAACAUGAAAAUGUGGCCACAGUCGGCCAACCCUUCUGUUAUACCACCUGUUAUAAAAACACUACCAGGAAGGCCUAGAAAGUGUAGGAGAAAGGAGCAGAAUGAAAACAAAACAGGAAAAUUGUCCAAGAGAGGUGUUGAGAUGACCUGCAGUUUUUGUCAUGCAAAGGGUCAUAAUAAGACGGGUUGUCAUUUGAAUAAUCUAAUGCAGGCAGAGGAAGAGGAAUGGGGAGAGGAUGUGAGCCUAGUUCAACAAGGUCAAGUGUUGGUUCUUCUAGAGCACCAACUGAAUCACAAUCAAGCAUAA